CCCAACGAUUCCUGCGUUCUCCAUACUGAACUGCUCAUCCUAAUCUGAAAACUAAGGAUUCAUUAACUUGAACUCUGAGUAAAUGCACAACUUCAUCUGAUUGCUCCUUGUUCGCUCCUUCUGUGGAUCCAGGUAUCCGAGAGGGACAGAUUGUGUGCAGGAUCUAAUGCUAAGGUAUCCCUGUGAGGCUCCUCUGUGGUGCUCUCCUUAACUGAAAACUCAACAUCUGCCCACAUAACUUAGUCGCCCCUUGAAUUUUCUGAGUAUUGUGGGAAGCCAUGGGGAUUGGCAAAAACACAACGUCUAAAUCUGUAGAAACUGGAAAUCCAGCAGAGGGCAAGUAUGAGGAUGAAGCCAAGCAUACUGCUUUCUUUACAUUGCCAGUUGUAAUAAGUGGAGGAGCAACUUCAAGUGGCGAUCAAGAUACAGAAGACACAGAACUUAUGGCAAUCUAUACUACAGAAAAUGGAAUUGCAGAAAAGAGUUCUCUGGCAGAAACCCUUGACAGCAGUGGAAGCUCAGACGCACAAAGAACAGACAUGAUCUACACAAUUGAGGAUGUUCCGCCCUGGUAUCUCUGCAUUUUCUUGGGAUUACAGCACUAUCUGACCUGUUUCAGUGGCACUAUAGCAGUGCCCUUCUUGCUGGCAGAUGCCAUGUGUGUUGGAUUUGACCAGUGGGCCACCAGCCAGUUGAUUGGGACCAUAUUUUUCUGUGUUGGAAUCACAACUUUGUUACAAACAACCUUUGGGUGUAGGUUACCUUUGUUUCAGGCCAGUGCUUUUGCAUUCUUGGCUCCCGCCAGAGCCAUCCUCUCUUUAGACAAAUGGAAAUGUAAUAACACAGCUGUAAUGGCUACGAAUGGAACAUCGGAGCUGCUGCACACAGAACAUAUCUGGUACCCCAGAAUACGAGAGAUCCAAGGUGCUAUUAUCAUGUCGUCUUUGAUAGAAGUGGUGAUUGGGCUCCUGGGCCUGCCUGGAGCGCUCCUGCGAUACAUUGGGCCUCUGACGAUUACGCCCACUGUAGCUCUCAUUGGGCUUUCUGGUUUCCAGGCUGCAGGGGAGAGAGCAGGCAAACACUGGGGCAUAGCCAUGCUGACUAUCUUUUUAGUGCUGUUGUUUUCUCAGUAUGCCCGAAAUGUCAAAUUCCCAUUACCCAUUUACAAGUCCAAAAAAGGAUGGACCGCCUAUCGCUUGCAACUCUUUAAAAUGUUUCCUAUCAUUCUAGCUAUUCUGGUAUCUUGGCUGCUGUGCUUCAUCUUUACUGUGACAGACGUCUUUCCCCCUGAUAACACCCAGUACGGAUUCUACGCUCGCACAGAUGCCAGGCAAGGGGUUCUCCUGGUAGCUCCGUGGUUCAAGAUUCCAUAUCCCUUUCAGUGGGGAUUACCAACUAUUUCAGCUGCUGGUGUGAUUGGGAUGCUCAGUGCUGUGGUUGCUAGUAUUAUUGAAUCCAUUGGUGAUUAUUACGCCUGUGCAAGGUUAUCUUGUGCUCCUCCACCACCCAUCCAUGCAAUAAACAGGGGUAUUUUCAUAGAAGGCCUUUCCUGUGUAUUAGAUGGAGUGUUUGGUACUGGAAAUGGAUCCACCUCUUCUAGUCCUAAUAUUGGAGUUUUGGGAAUUACAAAGGUUGGAAGUCGGCGAGUUAUUCAGUAUGGGGCUGCUUUCAUGUUGCUACUUGGAACAGUUGGCAAGUUCAGUGCGCUGUUUGCCUCUCUUCCUGAUCCAGUGCUUGGAGCUUUGUUUUGUACUCUCUUUGGGAUGAUCACUGCAGUUGGACUUUCAAACCUGCAAUUCAUAGAUCUGAAUUCUUCCCGGAACCUUUUUGUUCUUGGAUUUUCUAUCUUCUUUGGACUGGUGCUUCCAAGUUAUCUUCGGCAAAACCCACUUUUUACAGGGAUCGACAGCAUUGAUCAGGUCCUCAAUGUCUUGCUGACUACUGCUAUGUUUGUUGGUGGCUGUGUGGCGUUUAUUUUAGAUAACACAAUUCCAGGAAACCCAGAGGAAAGAGGAAUCCGGAAAUGGAAGAAGGGAACGGGCAAGGGCGGUAAAUCCCUUGAAGGCCUCGAGAGCUACGACUUACCUUUUGGCAUGGAAAUUGUCAAGAAGUACAGGUGCUUCAGUUUCCUGCCCAUCAGCCCCACCUUCCUUGGUUACACAUGGAAAGGCUUCAGAAAAAGUAGUAACUGCGGGACUUCAGAGGACGACUCAGAGGCCACUGUAUAGCCCUUGCUGAAACCUCUGUCUUCUAGCUGUAGUGACAGACCCUUGUGCAGUUUCCUGCUAUUUUAUUGUAUUUUAUUGUAUUGUAUUGUAUUUUAAUUUUAUUUAAUUUUAAUUUUAUUUUAUUUUGUAUAUUUGCAUUUUAAAUUCUGGAACUAGAGCUGAGGCAGGUGAUAAAAAUAGCUUUCCCUUUUGUAGACGGUGAUAGCAAUCUAUAAUGUCUCUCUACAGUUACAUGGUAUUCGUGUGGACAUUUAAAAAAAACUUUGGGGAUUAGAUACUCUUUAUUUUUGGCGAAACGCUUUCCUUUAAAAACAAUUCCGAUAAGAUUGGUAAAUAGCAUGUAUGUAGCAGCACUCGGGCAGGCUGAAUUUAUCCUGUUUACAGGUUGUACAUUCCAUUUGUUUUGUAAGUCUGCGUAACCUUAACCCAAACCCUGCAUAAGUAAUUUGUACUAUUCUGGCAAAUUAUUGUAGCAGAGGCUGUUGUGUUCAAUCUGGGUGGACAGUUUUUCCAAGGGGGGCGGUGGGGCAGAGUUUGCUCCCAUGACCAGCUGGAAGGCGUUUGAAUGCAGUGAUGCCCCUGGGACAGUGCAGGCAUCAGAAGACAGAGGGGGUGAUGGCUCACCUUGAAUCAGAAUGGGAGAGGGACACUUCACUCCUUUUUCGACCUCCAACUUCACUGCACCAUGAAAAUUCAGAAUCAGAAUGACUGAAAUCUUGUUGUGUGAUCUCAGACCAGGGUUUUUUUUUGUUUGUUUUUUAAGUUUGGAAGUUGGAAUUAUUUGUUUUCUCUGCCUCCUCUUCCCAUUCUUGAACUAAGCAGUGCUUUCAACAUUUUCCAGUACUGGCUGCAGUGGAUAAUGGAGGCUUUGCAUUAACUCUUGCCCUGAAUACGUUAAGGAGGUCAGGAAGCUUCCUGUUCCUGUUACCGCUGGGGUAGAGAAGGAGCAGAGUGGUGUGGGCAUUCACAGAGGGCUGUCGUCAAUCGUCUAUCCUUAAACGGACAGAAUGCCCAAGCAGGAAGGUGGUGCAGCACAUCAGAUUCGAUUCCAAAAUGGUGCUUUGGGUUGCAGAGUGCACCUGUGAGGCCCUGGUUGUAAAGCGACUGUCUUUUUUUCCUGGGGUGGCAUGGCAGCUGCAGAGGGUGGACAGGGAGUAAGCAUUCCCAACUAAAAGCUCUGGAACACCUUUUUGGCCUUGCUGCCGAAAUGCUUCACGGCUUUACUAAGAUCCAUUGCCUAUGGUACAAGUCAGUUCUAUACACUAAUAAUAAUUAUUAAGCACACAAAUUGUAACAGUCACUUUGUCUCCAGGCCUUUCUAUUUUCAGACAUUUUGCCAGUCCCCAGAGUAACCAGCAGUUAAUUCUGCCUUUUCCCACUUUCUUUUUCCAAAUGGAGCCCAGGGUCUGUUUUCAGGAUGGGAGAGAUGCUAUGCAUGGCAUUGCUGUCUGCCAAAUAGUUUAACGGGUGUUGGGGUGCCUCUCUGGGCCCCAUUCGGUCUCUUCAUGUAUUUUUUUCCUGAACCGAUCUUUGCUCUGAUAUUGUGCAGCUGUUGGCACCACUGUAAGAAUUUAUCCCUGUUUAAUGUUCUCACUAUGACAGUUUAGUUUGUAGAUACAGGUGAGUUUAGCUUUUCUUGCUCUUUUUUCCCCAAAGGUAGCCCCCAGAUUUAGUUUUUUUUUU